GCUAGUGGCACUAAAAUUAAAAUUAAAAAAAAAUAAAAAAGAACAUGGAUAACUUCAAACGUGUUUUAAUAAAGAUUAUAAUCUUCACAGUGAUCAUCGCCAUCUUAUCAGCCAGCGUAGCAGAAGCUAAAAAGACCAAGAAGCACUCGUCCAAAUUAUCCAAACGACAUUAUGAUCACAUCGAGAAGUACCACAAUAAAGCAAAGAGAAGCACCUAUGGUCGAAGUUGGGGGAAGGCGAGUUACAGCGGCUAUGGGAUGCCCCCAUAUCUCAUUUAUAAUCGAAAACUAGGGGCUUACUACCCCUAUUAUAAGUAUCCAGAAAAUAAUAAUCGACGCAGUAUGAAUAUGAGAAAAAGUUAUGAUUCUAGAAGGUAUAGUUAAGUAAUUUAACUCGUUGAGU